AUGUUAAAUCCAACUAAUGCUAAUAAGCUUUCAACCUCUUCUUAGGCUCUUUCUAAGUCGGUUCAUUUUUCCCUUGGUAACUCACAAGCACCUGUGAAUUUUAGUGAUAUGAAGGCGGUUUCUGGUAUUUCGAAAUCAGCAAUCGAUCAUCCAUAGGUGGGAUAAGUUACAGGAAUUGAUUGUGGAAUUCACAUGAAAUAAUUAAAAGGAUUUUGUAUAGAAUAGAAAUGCAUUCAUGAAAGAAGAAAAUUAUGUGUUGGAUGUUUGUGGGCACAUACUUGUGUUCAUAAAGUAUAAGUGCCUGAAUUUGUUAAAUUGUUGACUGACAAAUUAGCAAUAGCAGAGUUUGACUUUUUUGAUAAGGUUCUGAAAGUUGUUAAGAAAGAUCAUUUAUAAAAUGAAAUAGAUGAAAUGUUCUUGAAAAUAAAAAUGGAUUUCGAUAAUCAUCUUAAUGAUUUAUAUUCCUAGUUUAUGUACUGGACAAAGCAUGGAAUGGGAGAAGUAAUCAAGAAAGGCUUUUUGGCUGAUUUUUUAUUGGAUGAUAAUGUAAUUGAACAAAUCAUGGACUUGGUAUUAAAGGGAAGAGCAAUGGAAGCUGAAGAUGAAACAAUAUAAACAUGUGUAGAAUUGAUUAAUGCAGAUCCAUAGGAAAUUAAAUUGUUACCAUAAUAAUUGUAAACUACUCUUGUAGAAUGUGAAGAAGUUAUUCGUUAAACGUUGCAUUAACUAGAACAAAGCUUAAUAACAUUUAAAUAAACUCCAUUUGAUUUUAAGCAUGUGAAAGAAGGUGUAGAGAUACCAAGAUUGAGGAUUCCAGGAACUUAGGGCAAUAUUUAAGGUGGAGGAGGUUUCGGAUUUGGUGGUGGAUUUAGCUAAAUCCCACAAACUAAUUUCAUUGGAACUGCAAGUCAAUUACCAAGAACCAGUGUACCACCAACUACUACUCAUUUUCAGAAUAGAUUUGCCUCUGGUUUGGCAUCAUAAUUAAAUGCCAAGUUAUUUAUUGAUGCAAGAGACUUACAUUAAAGUUAGGUGUGGGCUGUUUGUAAGAUUAGUCCAUAAGUCAUUGCUACAGGAGACUGGCAAGGUAAUAUAAAGAUAAUUGGAUUGACAAUGGAAGGAUAAUAUUAAUUCAUGUAGUCCUUGAAUCAUGGAAAGAACGUUUAUUCUUUAUUAUUAUCAGAUACAACAACUCUUAUUUCAGCUGGGUAAAAUCAAAAAGAUGAAUGGACUAUUAAGAUUUGGGAUUUAGAGAGAUCAUAAUUGAUUAAGGAAUUGAAAGGGCAUAUAAAUUACAUAUUUUCAUUGACUCAACCUGUUCCAGGGACAUUAGUGUCAUGUUCAUAUGAUGAAACUGUGAGAGUUUGGAAUUUAUAGAAUGGAUAAUGUAUAAAAGUGUUCAAGGAAUUCAAGACAUCUUUUAAUGAUUUGCUAUCUUGGAAUCAAGAAGAAGUUAUUUGUUGUUCUGACGAUAAGGCUAUAAGACUAUUGAAUAUUUAGACCGGAGAAAUGAAAAUGUAAUUGUUUGAUUCUUGUUUUGUAAAUGGAAUAGCCAGAGUAUCUUAAAAUGAAAUAGCUGUUGGUAAUUUUAAAGGAGAAAUCUUGAUCAUAAAUGUGACUGAGUAAAAGAUUGUGAGAAGAAUGGGUUCGCAUAAGAGUUUUGUAUGGAGAAUUAAAAUGAUAGAUAAAGAUUUGAUUGCUUCUGCUUCAUUUGAUAAAACAAUUAAGAUUUGGGAAUGGUAGAGUGGACAAUUGGUUGCCAGUUUAGAAGGACAUUAAGAUAUUGUUAGAUCUAUUGAACUUAUCGAAGAGAUUGGAUUUUUAGUAAGCACUAGUGAUGAUAAAUCUAUUAAAGUUUGGAGAUUAAUUUGA